AUGGCCUCAACCUGGACUGAACAUCGCUCGCCGACCGGUCGGCUGUAUUGGUUCAAUGCCCAAACAGGCACUUCAUCGUGGGAAAGACCAGAAGCUCUCAAAACACCAGCUGAACGUGCAUUGGCAGCGACGCCGUGGAAGGAAUAUCAAACGGCUGAGGGCCGGAAAUAUUGGCACCACACUGUGACCAAAGAAACCACCUGGACUUUGCCUGAUGCAGUACGUGAGGUUAUCGAAAAAGCUGCUGCUUCCGCACCUCCUCCAGCACCUCCAGCGUCUUCUCAGCCUGUUUCUUCUGCUCCCGGUCCACCCCCAGCUCCCAAGCAACCCACCUUUGUUGCGGCUUCAACCCCCACCCCUGCGGCGACGCCCGUCACCACCACUGUUCCGCCGACUGGGACUACUCCUACAACCAACUUGCCACCUCGACCAGUCACUUCAAUCCUCCAUUCAGCACCUGUCACAAACCAUGCACCCGUUCCAAUGCCUGAAUUCAAGAGCCCCGAGGAUGCUGAACGUGCUUUCAUCGGUCUUCUGCGAUUGAAAGGCGUAACCCCUUCCUGGACAUGGGAACAGACCAUGCGUGACAUCAUCACCGAACCACUUUACAAAGCCCUCGACACAUUGGCAGCCAGGAAAGCCGCCUGGGAGAAAUUUAUCGAUAAUGAGCGUAAACGUGAAAAAGAAACCCGCGCAAAGAAUAUUGCUCGGGUUCGUGGUAGCUGGAAUGCUGGACUGGAUAGCCUCGGCGAAGAAAAAAAAAUUGUAGACGACCAAGGCUUGGAAAUCAAACUUCCUGGAGCGUCUCCUAGACUCUGGUGGACUUGGGAUCGAUUAAAGCAAGAGGUCGAAAAGCGAGCCCCUGAGGUGUGGAAAUUGUGCAGAGACGACGAAGAGCGGAAAGUAUUGUGGGAAGAUUACCUAAUCGAACUCAGACAACGAGACACAACCGCCGCGAAUCAGCUUCGAGGAAGACAGCAGGAUAAGCUGACUAGUCUGCUUAGAGCGCAUCAAGACAAACUGAAUCUGCCUGGCGAACUUGAACUCAUACAAUGGCGAGUGGCCCAGGAAGCCAUCUUACAAAGCGAGGAUUUCCAGAAUGACGAAGAUUUGCGGAAGAUGGAUGACUUGGACAUGCUUAUUGUGUUCGAAGAAGAAAUCAAACGUGCAGAGAAAGAGACGAUGGAGCUGAAGGCGAAGCAGAAAGAUGACAAGCGCAGGUCUUGUCGUAAAGCGCGUGCUGCCUAUAUCAAGUUGCUUGACGAACUCAAACUUUCCGGGCAGAUUCACGCCGACACAAUGUGGAAAGAGAUUUAUCCCAUUUUGAAAGAUGACGAACGUUUUCUCAACAUGCUGGGAUUAACUGGAAGCUCUCCUCUGGAGCUGUUUUGGGACGUCAUUGAUGAUCUCCAACUCGAACUUGAAGAAAAGCAGAAGGUGGUUGAAGACUUGCUUGAAGAACGGGGCAAAAAGGUCAACGAGACUACGCAAUUAGACGAAUUCCUAACUUGGUUGCCGAAAGAUAUGGAGUCUUAUAAACUCGAUCCGCCAAUGUUGAAACAGGUAUUCUACAUGCUUGUGGAUUAUGCUGUUCGAAUAGCGAAGGAAGACAAGCGGCGUGCGGAGAAACGACUUCGGAAUCAAAUUGAGGAUCUCCGCUACGCCCUCAAAAAGCUCUCUCCGCCCGUUCAAAUUGAUACUCCUUAUGAAGAAGCCUUAGAACGAUUCUCACACUUGGCCGAGUUCAAAGCGCUUGAAGGUCAAGAUGAAGGUCGCAAAGAAGCCUAUAAUCGAUAUAUGGAAAGAAUCAAAGAAAAGGCGGCCAUCGAAGAUAAGAGAAGUCGGCGCAAAGAGGAUGAGUCUUACCGCUACGAGUCAAGGAAAAAGGGGUCGCUUGCACAAUUUUCCGAUGAUGAAAGUGUCAAUUCUGCUAGCAAACGCAGACGCAAGGAUCCUCUCGAUGACGGCAAGCACCAUCGACACCAAUCACCUCGUUCCAAUCGACUCCCUGAUAGCCAAUCAUCUCCCAAGGGCAACGGCGAAUAUCGCAACGACAGAGACCACAGCACAGAUCGUGAACGCAUUCGCGUGGAGGAACGUGAUGAAGGGAAAGAACGGGAGACCAAUCCCACCUUGGACCCACCCACCGCGGACGCAGCUCCAGAGGGUGAUCACGAUAAAUCUAGCAGUCGAGAUGGAGAGCGCCGUAGAGACACUGAACGGGAGAAAACCGAAGAUCGAUCAAGAGAUCGAACAGACACUCGAGAUCGUCCAAGCAGCCGACUAUCAGCCGAUGAACGAGACCGCCGCAGGAAAGAAUAUGAUCUUGAUCGACAUGGCUCCCGACGACAUCGCUCAUCGCGCAGGGGAGAUCGAGAUUAUGAUGAGGAAUCCAAACAUCUUGGCAGUCGUUACGAUGAGGAUGACGGGCAUUUCCACGACAAGAACUCGGAGAACGGCUUAUCAGAAAAACGGGCUAGAAGCCACGACCGGUCCGAAAGUCGCAAUAAGAACGACCCCGCGGAUCAGGAUCGUGAUACCAAGCGUGCUAAGACUGACCAACCCAAACCCGAAAAGUCGGCGGAAAAAAGCGAUGUUAUGUCCUCUCCAAAAGGCACCCCUGAUCGCACUAGCUAA